UCCAAAAGACAAGGAGCCCAACAAAACAAAAGCCAAAAGCUCCAAUCCUUGGGACGUACUACUGCUUAGGCCUCAGAGCGUUGGAUAGCCAUGGCCGGAGGAGGAGAUGACCUGAAGAUGCUCGGCGUCUACGUGAGCCCAUUCCCACUGCGAGUGAAGCUCGCGCUCAGCUUCAAGGGCCUGAGCUUCGAGUACGUCGAGGAGGACCUCCACAACAAGAGCGAUCUCCUCGUCAGCUCCAACCCGGUGCACAAGAGGACCCCCGUGGUCAUCCACAACGGCAAGCCCAUCUCCGAGUCCAUGGUCAUCGUGCAGUACCUCGACGAGGCGUUCCCCGGCGCCGGCGCCGCCCUCCUCCCCUCCGACCCCCUCGACCGCGCCGUCGCUCGCUUCUGGGCCUCCUACGUCGACGACAAGCUGUUCAGUGCGUGGAAGAUGGUGUUCAAGGGAAAGACGGAGGAGGAGAAGGUGGAGGGGAGGAAGCAGACGUUCGCGGUGGCGGAGACGCUGGAGGGAGCCCUGAGGGAGUGCUCCAAGGGGAAGCCCUUCUUUGGCGGCGACGCCGUCGGGUACGUCGACGUCGCGCUCGGUGGCUUCGUCCCGUGGGUGCAUGCGAUGGAGGAGCUGUUCGGGUUGAAGCAGUUCGACGCCGCCAAGACACCGCUCCUGGCGGCGUGGCUGGAGCGCGUCGGCGAGCUCGAGGCCUACAAGGCGGUCAUGCCGGACGCCGGCAUGAUGAUAGAGUUCAAGAAGAAGCAGGCACAAGAAGCCGCCGCAGAGGCCUUUGGGCCUAAUUCUAUAAAUACGCGUCAUCUCCUUCCACCUCAACACCAACCACCAAACAGAACAGAGCUCGCAACUCACAAGCUGAUACAGAGCAGAGACCAUCGGAGUUCAGAGUUCAGACACGAGAAAGCCAUGGCCGGAGGAGGAGACGAGCUGAAGCUGCUGGGCAUGUGGGCGAGCCCGUACGUUCUGCGAGUGAAGCUCGCGCUCAGUCUCAAGGGCCUCGACUACGAGUACGUCGAGGAGGAUCUCAAGAACAAGAGCGAGCUCCUCCUCAGCUCCAACCCGGUGAACAAGAAGGUGCCCGUCCUCAUCCACAAUGGCAAGCCAGUCUGCGAGUCGCAGAUCAUCCUGCAGUACCUCGACGAGGCGUUCCCCGAUGCCGGCGCCACCCUGCUCCCCGCCGACCCCCACGAACGCGCCGUCGCUCGCUUCUGGGCCGCAUUCUGCGACGACACGAUCGCGAAGGCGUCGCAGCAGGCGUCGUCGGGAAAGACGGAGGAGGAGAAGGCGGAAGGGGAGAAGAAGGUGGUGGAGGCGCUGGAGAAGAUGGAGGUCGGGCUGAGCGAGUGCUCCAAGGGGAAGCCCUUCUUCGGUGGCGACACCGUCGGCUACGUCGACAUCGUGCUCGGCAGCUUCCUGGCGUGGGUUCGCGCCGGCGACGCGAUGAAGGGCGUCAAGAGGUUCGACCCGGCCACCACCCCGCUGCUGGCGGCGUGGGCCGAGCGCUUCGUCGAGCUGGACGUCGCCAAGGCCGCCAUGCCGGAGGUGGACAAGCUGAUCGAGCUCGCCAUGGCGAGGAUGGCUGGCGCCGCUGCUGCUGCCACCAACUGAAGAUACACCAGUUCUCUUCUAGUUCUAGUUCUGUUUAAGGUGUUAUUUUCUUCGAUGAAAAUAAAUGUUGAAUGAAGGGGUGGGUCAGUGUGUGUGAGUAUGGGAGAUCUUUCACAACUUAAGAAGCACAUGUAUGCCCUUUUGUUCUUAUAUUUCUAUCAAAAAAUUUACCAAUAAAUAUCUGAUAGCGUUGACUCUA